GGGGGAUUACGAUCACCUAAUUUGCCUAGAGGAUUAUUUGACAAUUCGCAAACAGCAAACAAAUAUUUUCAGGAUCCAGUAACAAAAACACAAUUUAAAUAUUGCCUUUAUCCCUCACAAGACAUUAAACAAGGAACACAGUAUGCUCUCUGAUUCAACACAAUCAGCCAGCACAGUGUUGAUGAAAAAAAAGGGAGGGGAGGAAAAGAUUAUGAUCACAUGGCCACGAAGUCAUUCUAAAAGUAUGCUGCUGGGGUAUAGCGCACAGAAAUAGAAAAGCGCUUCACAGUUGAGUGGUCGUGUCCACGCACAGAGCAUCGUUUCCUGAGCUUUGAAUCAAUCUGCAGCAUCGACCUGGUGGAUACAAAGCAGGAGAGGAGCGGGUGACGACAGAAAAAAUGUCUAAUCAGAGCAACACCACCCAAACACCACUUUCCAACAGCUCCACCAUCAUGACUAACUCCUCUUCCACUGAGUCAGAAAUUGCAGCAAAUAACAUAACCUCGAGAGCAAACUACGUCUACAGCUUCUUUGCAAGUCUAGCCUUGGUUGCAGGCUGUUUCCUGUUCUACAGCUUCAUUCAGACCUACAGGGCCCAAAGACGACUGGCCUGGCUCGAUCGUCUGCUCUGGGUCUUUUGUGGCUUCCAGCUGCUGCUGCUGCUCCUCUCUCUCCAUGUUGUGGCGCACAGACCUGCCUACCUGAAGACCACGGUUCUGGGCUGUGCUGCUCUCUCCUUCUUCAUCAACACAGCCUCUCUGUGUGGCCUGUUAGUCUUAGUGCUCAUGGCUUAUGUCUUAACCCUUGAUCCACCAUCCCAUGCCCUGGUGCGGAAGCCUGGGGUCUGUGCAGCUUUGGUGGUCCUGACUUCUGUUGUGAUCUCUCUGCUGCUGGCUGGGCUUCGUAAACCCGGAAAGGGUCUGCAGGAAGAGGAAAAGUGUCUUAUGGAUUCACCACAUGUUUCCUAUGCAGCAGCGCAGUUGUGUCUGGCUUUUGUGAUUCCCACCCUCAUACUUGGAUUUCUGAUAGGUGGCUGUGUCCGGCAGUGGAAAUCUAAAGGACGUCUCCUCUCUGGCUCUGAGGAGGGUCCCAUGUUCCUGACAGUCACUGUGGUCAUGUUCUUCUGCCUGCUCUUCUACAGCAUUGUGCUGGUGUGGGCGGCACAGCUACAGAGGGAUAGGGCGCUGAGCCAUUCUGAGCAAGCGUUUCUGAGCGUGGCUGAGUUUGUAUUGUUCUCAGGGAGCAGUGCCAGUCUGCUGCUCAUGCUGGUCAUGCACCGGCCGUGUCGAGAGAGUCUCCAUGGAGUUUUCAGGCAGCUGAGGGACUGUUGUCGUAGGCCAGGGCGCACGCAGCCCAACAGAAACAUUAUAACUCCACACAUUGAGAUCACAGACACACUGCAGGACAUAGAGUCAUAAAGGACAAAACUGAACUCUUCUAAUGCAUCUAAUUAAAGACUUUUGAGUUCUGAUGUAUUAAACAUUUUCUUUAUGUUUUAUUGUGCUUUUGCCAUUUGUUUUUCUCUUUUGUAAAUGUUUCUACAUAUAUGCAUUCUGCUUUUUAGUAUCUGCAGUGACUGAAAGUGUAAAACUAUCUGAAAUAAAUGUUUUGCUGCACCUCCUCAGAAGUGUGCAAAAUAUAUGCACAGACCGUAUUUUUGCUAUACAAAAAAUGUGUUCAUAUUGUUGUCAGAAAUCAACAACUAUGACUAAGACAAGUAAAAAGUACUUAUUGUUGGUAGCAUGAGCAAGUUUAUAACUUUUGAGCCUGCUUUUAGACUCGCCUCUCUCAUUCACAUGCACACCAUUUGCACAAAAGCCCAUUUGGACAAAAUGCCUGGAAAAACCUCUGCACUUCCCAACCGCCACACAUGAAAAAUCCAGUCUUGGAAAAUGAAAGUCAGAUGCUAGGUUUAGGCCAACUGUAAAGGUGUUAAAAAUUACAGAAUCUCUGUGCCAGCAGAGUGGUGCAAAACCUGGGAACCAGUAGAAAAAUGAAUACAGGAGCUGGACUGCAUAAAUUGUCAUCAAGGAAGAUGUCAGGCCUGCUUCACACUGAGUAAAAUCACUGUGAAAUUCACUUUAAGUCAAGAACCUAAGAUAGGAUAUGCUAUUUCUCAUAAGGAACUCACAAAAUCAUUAAAGGCACUGCUACAGCUCUUCUGUCUCUCCAAGCAGACCACAGGACAGAAAACGAAUCAGAUCGCACCUCGGACUCUGCAGAUGUUAACAACCCUUGUGAAACUAACACCUAUGAAACUUUAUUGUUAGCUACCAUUAACACCAGCUCAACACAGAAGUGUAAUGUGGGCAGGACAAUGUGCAUGACUCCUUACUGAGUACAACUCCACUGUAUAGCUGAAUGACACACAGGUAGUGGUCUCAGACUUUCUGCGUGCGGCUUCAAAGAACCAUCAGCAUUACAUUAUCAGUCUCAUCCUCUCCAGCCUCUA